AUGGAGGGCGCACUGAAUUGGGCGAUACUCUUACGGUUCAACGAUGGCAUCGAAUGGGUUUCUCGGUCGCCCAAAACAAAGUACGCUGUCGGCGGGAAGACGGCCCGUGAACUGUUAGCAAGCGAAGCCGCUACUUUGAAGUAUAUCCGCAGCAAAACAAACAUCCCUCUGCCCGAAGUUUUUUCCUACUGUGCGACAUCCGAGAAUGCAACUGGCGUCCCGUACAUCCUAAUGAGCAAAGCUGCUGGCCAUCAGCUUUCGGAAUACAAUUGGCAUACCAGCCCAACAACGUCCACAGCGCCCGGCAGACACAUGAAGUUGACCGAGAAACGCAAAGUCAUGAAUCAGCUUGGAAGCUUCGCAAGUCAGCUGUCGCAUCUGAAAAACGACACAAUCGGAUCAUUAUUCGAAAACGAAGGCAUAGAAUUCAAUAUCGGAGCAUGUUUAUCGCCCAGUUUUAUUCUACAAGGGCGCGAAAGCAUCGACAGCUCCCUCGAGGUCCAUUUCAUAACGCAGCGGACUAUUACUUGUCUCUGGUAUCCAUCCUCCUAG